GGCUGCUGCCGCUCCAUCCUGCCGGGCUGGCAGCAUCGCUGCUCCCGCUCCAUCCUGCCGGCACCGCUCCUCCCGCCGCAGCUCCGGCAGCUCCGCAGCCUCUCCCGAUGCUGCUCCGGCUGCCCCAGCCCGGGCACGGCUGCCCCUGCAUCCGGCACGGGGAGCGGCAUGCUGACACCCGAGCAGCCCCAGUUCAUCAUCUGACAGCACCGGAACGAUCUUGAAGAAUUCCAUCUUUUUUUUCAGCACCUUUGCUGCUUCAUUGUUGCUUGGCUUUUUGACAGCAUGAGUUCUGCUCAUUUGGGGUGCUGCCACCUGAAUAUUUCUUCAUCAGAUGCCACAGAAGAGAGUCUAGGAAAACAAAGAAACUUGCGAUGUGGAGCUGACAGUUCUGGUUUCAGCUGGUGAAAAUUUGCAGAAUCAGUGAGAAGGCAAAGGAAAACAUGCCCAGGACAAUGUCGGUGACUCCUGGUAAUUUGUCACUCAAUGGGACGAGCUUCUCGACUGAUCAUCACAGCAUUCUGGACAAGCCCAGUGAGCAGAGAACUUGGAAUGUCUUUCUGUUCUGCUUGACUCUUGCCAUUGCACUCCCAGCCCUUCUGGGCAGCAUUUAUUCACUGGUUUCCCUGCUGAAGCUGCAGACCAAAAGCACGGUUUCGUGGAUUGUGAUCUCUGUGGCUGCAGAUGAUCUGAUCAGCAUCGUGCCAGUGAUUAUUUUCAUGCUCAUGCAGUGGUCAAGCGAAGUCCUCCCCCAGCCUCUGUGCACCACCUCCGCGUUUUUGUAUUUAUUCCAGGGCAUUUCUAGCAACCUGAAAGGGUCUCUUAUAGUUUCCUACAACUUCUACACCCUCAGCACGCCCAGGACACUGAGCUGCAGCUCCUCCAGGCGCCGUGUCAGUGUGGCAUGGGCCAUCCUCGCCAUCUGGACCGUCAGCCUGCUGCUGUGCACUUUGCCUCUCUGUGGCUGGGGCAGGUACAUCCCCACGUCCUGGGGCUGCUUUGGGGACUGCGGCAGCUCCCACACGCUGUUGGUGCUGGCUGUGUACUCGCUGUGCCUCUCCCUGCUGGCAGCGCUGGCCGUGCCCCUCUCGCUGCAGCUGCUGUGCUCAGGUGAGCCCCGGGGGCUGCGCACCGGGCACCCGCAGGGCUCUGCAGGCUGCAGCUGCCCCGGGGCUCCGUGCGGCUGCGGGGCCCCUCGGCUGCCGCUGCUGGACCCUGCGCACAGAGCCCCGGAGCCCUCCCAGGCCUCGGAGGUGGCGUUUGGGAAGGGCGCGGCUGGGAGCAGCACCCGGAGCAGGAGCUCCACCGUGGGCUUGGCCCAGAAACGAUUCUCGCUGAUCCUGGCACUGACCAAAGUCCUUCUCUGGCUGCCAAUGAUGAUACACAUGGCUGUCCAGUACAUCACUGGGCUGCAGAGCCUCUCCUUUGAGGCCCUGAGCUUCCUGCUGACGGUGCUGGCUGCUGCAGUCACCCCGGUGUUUGUGCUGUCCCAGCACUGGCUCCACCUGCCCUGCGGCUGCAUCAUCAACUGCAGGAGCAGCUCCCAUGCAGGGUCCUCACCAGGGGCCAAAAGCAAGCGUGGCGGUUUUGAGUUCAACCUGUCGUUCCAGCAGGGCUGUGGCAUCUACAGGAUAUCCCUGGAGAGCCCUCCCCAUGCCAGCAGGGAUGGCAAACCCUCGUCCUACCCCAGCCUGGUGGGCUCUGCCUGUGGGGAGCCGGGCAGAGGCAGGGACAGCCUGGGACAGACAGGGACAGGGGCACUGGGACACGGCCCCCGGGGCACCAGGGCUGGCACAGGGCCCUGCCAGGGCAGCAGGGCUGGCACAGGGCCCUGCCAGGACCAGGACCAGCAGGGCAGCAGCCCUGGCCCGUUCCCUGAAGGACCAGAGUGGAGGCUGUGCCACCAGGAGAGCCCCACGCCCGAGCUCUCGGACUGGGAGUGGUGCCGGAGCAGAUCCGAGAGGAACCCUCGGCAGCGCACGGGCGGAGCCCUGGCCGUGCCCCUCUGUGCCUUCCAGGGCACCGUGUCCCUGCAGGCUCCCGGCGGCAAAACGCUCUCGCUGUCCACGUACGAGGUGAGCUCGGAGGGGCAGAAGAUCGCGCCCACGGCCAAGAGGAUCGAGGUGUACCGCUCCAAGAGCGUCGGGCACGAGCCCAGCCCGGGCGAGCCCGGCUUCGCGGACACGAGCGUCAAGAUUCACCUGGAGGUGCUGGAGAUCUGCGACACCCCCGAGGCGCUGGACACCGUGUCCAUCGUCAGCAGCAUCAGCCAGUCCUCGGCGCACGCCCGCUCGCCCUCGCUGCGCUACUCCCGCAAGGAGAACCGGUUCGUGAGCUGCGAGCUGGGCGAAAGCGCCUCCUACUCGCUGCUGGUGCCGUCCAACAGCGACUUCAGCAUCUCCAUCCCCGACACCGUGGAGGCGCACCGCCGCAACAGCCAGCAGCAGGGCUCGGCCCGGCCGGGGUACCAGGAGGAGAUACAGCUGCUGAACAGAGCCUACCGAGAGCGGGAGGGCAGCAGCUAAAAGAGUGUUUAAUCUACGCGCCCCGGCUGCUGUGACACAGUGCUGCUGUCUGUCAGUUACCCCAGCAAAUACGGUAUCUGCUGGUUUUGUCCUAUCAUGCAAAUUUUGUUUAGGUGCACUGUUGAAUCAAUUCGAACUCUUAAUGCUGU